GAAAAUACAAAAUUAAGGGGUUAAUAUUUAACAAAUGCAGCUUGUUCCAUGUAGAGUUGGAUAAAUACACAGACAACGACAUAGUUUGGGGUCAAUGGGAUUAAUAAUUAAUUGUAAUAAGAGUACUGAUAGAAGUUGGUAACAUAGAUAAAAUCCCCAAAUAAAAAAAAAGAUAAAAACAUAAAGGCUAAAAUAUAUUGAAGUUCAACAUGCAGUCAACUGGUGCACUUCUUAUUAAAUUAUCCAUGCCUCACAAAUCCGAAGUGAAUAUGUGUCAAUCUGUCUUGUUUUAGAAGGUCGUGCAGUCUAUGGUCAAGGUCAUUUGUUGUUUUUGUGAACGAUGUUUCUUAUGUUGCCCGUGAUAGGCAUGGUUUAAUAUUCAACUAUUUUUUCAUCCUUCAGUGUAGUCCAUGUGGAUGACACCCGUAGAGAUAUUGCAAAUGUGACUAUUUACGAGAAACCAAAAUGAGUUCAAAUGUGCGCUGUGCAAUGUGUAAGGAAGUGACAAUGCAUCUUGAAGCAUUGACAUCAAAUGAGGAUUUGUUAAAAGAAAGAUGCCGUAAAUGUGAAGCAUUAAUACAUCAAAAAGAUAAUUGUUUAGAUGAACUAAGAAAGGAGCAAGAGUGUGUACUACUGAAGUUGAAAGCAGCACAUGCAGCAGUUUCUGACUUGGAAAUCAAAGAAGCAAAUUACACAAAGAAUUUGUGCGAUAAAGAUUCCCAUAUAGAGAAACAACAGCGUGAGUUGCAGCAAAAAGAUGAUCUACUGGAAAAACUAAAAUUUAAAGUAACUGAACUACAGACACUUCUAGAAGAGGUGAGGAACGAAGCAGACGCUCAUUUGUUAAAAAACGAGGCAUUACGUAAGAACACGACCUUUUUGUUAAAAGAUAAUGAAAAAAUGAAAAUGGAAUUUAACACACUCAAGGAAAGAAUGCAGACAUCAUUCGAUGGAAAGCUUGAAUUAGAGCAAAAACUACGUGACACUGAAAAUGAAAACAAAACACUGAAGGAUAAAGUUAGAGAGCUAAGUGAUUUAACAGAUUCCCUAAACCAAAAGAUUUCAGAAAAAGAUAAAAUUAUACUGGAUGAGAGAACAAAGGAAAAUACGAAAGAUGCAGACAUAAUUUAUGAAAUGCUCAUGGAUAUGGCAUACUCUGUGAAAGACGACAAUCGACAACAGACAGCCGAUAUCAAAAAUGCGCUGGAGGAAAAUACCGGAAAAGUCUUGUCCCGACUGCGUGCACACGGAGAUCCACAUGUACCUCCAAUAUCGUCGCAACAAGCACCUAUACCGUUUCCUCUGAGACCAUAUUUUUCUUCCGUAGCAAGUAGGCUAGGAAACGACAGUAUAUCUCUUGCUCGGGCUUUGGGGAUCCCAGAAGACGUAAGUGCAAACAUCUGGGAGACAUAUAAAACACUUGGCAACGAAGAAGUGGUUUGGCGUCUGCUCGGGAAGUGGUCGAGUAGUGGAGAGGCUACAAAAGAGAAAUUGGAAGAGGCCUUGAAUGAGAUAGAUGCUGCUAGAUUGCUAGAACCACAGAUGACAAAAGAACACCAGGCGAUAAUUAAAAAUAACCUCCUCUUCCUAAAAAACAACCUAAUGGAGGUCACAUUGUUGCUCACCUAUCUGCAGAAUGAUGGUGUCCUGAGUUCAAAGCAGGCAGAGCGUAUUAAGUAUCCAGAAUCAAGAUGCGACAAAAUUGAUUUACUCUUAGAUGAGCUGCCAAAGCUCAACCACCGUGCAUUCGAGUGCUUUCUACAUGCACUGGAAUCAAGCGGACAGAAUCAUAUCAAAGAAAAAUUAUUAACAGCUUCAAGUGGAACUGGUAUCCAAAUACAAGCGGCAGCAGAAGAUGCUGCAACAGAACGUAACGACAAACCUGACGACAUUCUACAAGGACACGACACAGAAACCCCCCCUCAAUUUGUUCAAAGCUUGCCAACGGGCACUGUUACAAAGGAAGUAUACAUCGAUGAAAGCCUAUCAAAAUCGGCAGAAUUUGCACCACAAAAUCGCCAGUUUGGAUUCAGACGCCUGUUUUCCAGCAUUCGGAGGAGUUUCAAAAGGAAAAGCAAAUCAACAUCUUCCUGAUCGCGAACUAUCUUUUAAACUUUAUUACACCUUGAGAAUUAUCUAAUCUUUAUGCAUAUGGUUAUCAAUUGUAUGAGUAUGGGUCAGGCUACACGAGUCAUUAUUAUAAAUUAAGGCAUUAUAAAGCAGUGGCGGAUUUAGAGAGGGUGGGGUCGAGGGGUGCUGCUCCCCCCCCCUCCCUUCAGUUUCUGAAAAAAAAUCACACUGAUAUUUUCCAUUUGAAAUUAAAAA